AUGGAACGAUCGAUGGCGUUAGUUGAAGGUCAACCACUCCCCGAAAAUGGGACAUGCAAACAUUACAAGAAAAGUUACCGAUGGUUUAGAUUUUCUUGCUGUGGAAAGCUCUAUCCCUGUGAUUUGUGUCAUGACGAUGCUGAAAAGGAACAUGAAAUGAAGCUGGCUAACCGAAUGGUCUGUGGUUUCUGUAGCAAAGAACAGCCAUUUCAAAAGGCCAAACCGUGCAUCAAUUGCAACAAGAAUGUUACCCGUAUAAAAUCACAAUUCUGGGAGGGUGGAAAAGGAUGUCGAGAUCAGGUAGUGAUGAGCAGGAAUGACAGACGAAAGCAUGCAAAUAGUUUGACGAAGACUGUUUCCAAUAAGCAUGCUGCACAGUUAAAAUUGAAGGAUGGUAAUAAAAGGAAGUGA